ACCCAUCAGAUUGUUUCAGGCUAGCAAGCUACGAAAAACUUCAAACAAAGAUGAAAGUUUCAGUUUUCGAUUUUCAUAAAGUGGCAUUUUAAUAAUUAAUUGCUCGUUAAGUCGAAAAACUCGACGACUAUUGUUCUAGCUAACCCUAAGGCUGUCUUGUAUUUCCAGUAUAGCCAUUUACGUUACCAUUAGUAGUAGCUAGUUGGCUAACCUAGCUAGCAAGGUACCGUGGGAGAACUUUCCAGCUAGUUUUACAAAUAUAAUUAAAGCUCUCUAAAUCUUGUUGGCUGUCUGGCUAGUUGAAAAGUAGGUUUCGACAGCACAUCUUUGUUAAACAAGCCGUGCAUUGAGUUGUCCAAACUAAGCUACCGUUAUGAUUCCCGAAUGUCCGGCUCGGACCUCCGAGGCACGGAACCGAACAUGGUGCCACGGUCAAACUGCUGAAUCCAAUCGGAACCGCUCCGGUUUACUCUGCGAGAUCAAAAGCAUCAUCAAGACCGAGUCAUUCACUGAGCACUACGAUCUCAUACCGGGAAAAGAACUGGGCAGGGGGAAGUUUGCAGUGGUGAAGAAGUGUGUGAAGAGGAGCACCGGGCUUGAGUAUGCUGCCAAGUUCAUGAGGAAGAGGAGGAAGGGACAGGACUGUCGAACAGAGAUCAUUCAUGAGAUAGCCGUGCUAGAGCUGGCUGCGUCCUGCCAACGAGUGGUCAGUCUCCAUGAUGUCUACGAGCUGCCCAGCGAGAUGGUGCUCGUGCUGGAGUUUGCUGCCGGUGGGGAGAUCUUUAACCAGUGUGUGGCAGAGAGGGACGAGGCCUUUAAAGACGAGGAUGUGAAGCGGCUGAUGAGACAGAUCCUGGAGGGCGUUGCUUUCCUUCACAGCAAGAAUGUGGUUCAUUUGGACCUCAAGCCGCAGAACAUUCUCCUGACCAGUGACAACCCUCUUGGGGACAUUAAGAUAGUGGACUUUGGCCUGUCAAGGAUGAUGUGCAAUAGCCAAGAAAUCAGAGAGAUCAUGGGCACACCAGAGUAUGUAGCCCCAGAAGUUCUGAAUUAUGAGCCAAUAAGCACAGCCACUGACAUGUGGAGUAUUGGUGUCCUUGCCUAUGUGAUGUUGACGGGCAUCUCUCCAUUCCUGGGGGAGGAUAAGCAAGAAACCUUCCUGAACAUCUCCCAGAUUAAUGUUAGCUAUGCAGAGGAAGAGCUACAGCGACUCGACAAAGCUGCUGUCCACUUCAUCAAGUCUCUGCUCAUCAAGGACCCCAAGAACCGUGCCACUGCUGAGGAGUGCCUGAACCACCCAUGGCUCCAAACACAUGAGCAAAACGCUGCAAAGGAGACUGUGAAGCUGAAGAGUGUCAUCACCUCCAUCCCUGAGCCAGUCAGCACAGGGAUUUCCUCCCAGCACACUGAGGAGGAGGAAGAGGAGGAGGAAGGCAGAGUGACGGAGGAGCUCCUCGUCAUGUCUGCCUACACUCUGGGCCAGUGCCGGCAGUCCUCAGAAAAGGAGGGCUUGACCCCAGAACAGAAGGCCAUCUCAAAGCGCUUCAAAUUCGAAGAGUCCUUCCCAGCCCUCCAGGAGGUGCCAGGAGAAUUCAUCUACUGAAUCGCACAUUGGCCACCCAGCCGCUAAGCUCCAACUAAGACCGCACUUCCAAGUUUUUUUUGUUUUUGUUUUUGUUUUUGUUGUUUAUUUUCUGUUGAUUUUGUCAUCUUUUGUAUUCACCUCAUUUUUUUUAUCUUAACCUUGAACUUGUUUUGAGGUUUUUAUUUGUCUUGUCUCCCUCACCCACCCAUUCUGUAAUAUUUGUGCUGCUUUACCUCUACAUGCUUGUUACUAAAGACUAAGUCUUGCGCUGGUACAUAAUUAUUAUUAUUAUUAUUAUUAUUAUUAUUUGGGGUGCUAUGCUUGAAAAUCUGACAAUGUGGGCCAUGAACUAAAUCUUAUAUUCUUUUUCCUUCAAUUAAUUGUUCUGUUUCCUUGCUAUCUGUGUGAAUGUUGUUGUUGUUGUUGUUUUUUUUCAGGAGGAGGCUGAUGUAGGGCUGAUGGAAUAAUAUGUAAAUGAAACAAAUUUUUAAGAAUUAUGCCUAUACUUUUUUUUAAAUGCUAUUGUAUGUAUUCUGUUCAAGACUGAAGUGUUUUUGUUGGGUCAUUCCUCUGGUAAUAAUCUCCUACCUAUAACAUUUUCCCCCUUUACACAAUGUAUAUUGAGGUUUUUUGUUUUGUUUUUUUAAUGCCCAUUAGUUGUCUGUAAAUUGAUUGGUCAGCAUACAUCUUUUGAAUGACAUGUUUGAAUGUGACUGUCAUGAUAUUGUUAAUAAAAGUUACUUUCUGA